AUGGCCGUCCAGCUUCCUCCUCUUCCGCUGCCGGAAGGCGUAACCUCUAGACAGAUCGACACGGCACCGCGGGGCAUAUCAUUCCAUAUACUCGAGGCAGGAUACUCGGCUGCGCUUGACCGGCCGCUGAUACUGUUGCUGCACGGGUUUCCGGAGCUGGCGUACUCAUGGCGCAAGGUGAUGCCGCUGUUGGCUGCAGGAGGGUACUAUGUGGUUGCGCCGGACCAGCGAGGAUUCGGACGGACGACAGGCUGGGACACGAGAGACUACGAUAACGUCGACCUAAGGGACUUUGCCGUGACGAAUCUCGUACGGGAUAUGGUUGUGCUGGUGCAUGCAUUGGGCUAUAAGAGCGUCGAGUGUAUCGUGGGACACGACUUUGGCGCCGUGGUAGCAGGAUACAGUGCCCUUGCGAGACCAGACUUCUUCAAACGAGUUGCCUUUAUGAACCAUCCGUUUGUGGGGGCGCGAGAGCUGUCCGGGAAAGCCGAGGGCGGUGGUGCAGCCGAUGACGACGAUAUACAUCGGGAUCUGGCUGCGUUGAACAGAAAACAUUACAAGUGGUACUACUCUACACGGCAGGCGAACGGUGACAUGACGAGGCCUGCUCAGGGACUGCACGAGUUUCUGCGAGGAUACUUCUACCUCAAGAGCGCUACGUGGUUGCUGAACAAGCCGGUUGAGCUUCAGGCCUGGACGGCGGCUGAGCUGGCCAAAAUGCCGGAUUACUACGUCAUGCCGCUGUAUGCCUCCAUGCCAGAAGCCGUAGCCUUCAGCGUGGCUCUAGAAACACCGCUGCCCGUGCAGGAGUCACGCUGCUGGCUACCGGAUGACGAACUGGCGGUAUACGUGGGCGAGUUCGCUCGUACGGGUUUCCAGGGCGGGCUGAACUGGUACCGUGUGGCCACGAACUCGAGUCCCGAUUUCAAACGGGAUCUGGACAUCUUUGCAGGGCGGAAGAUCGACUGUCCUUGUCUGUAUAUUGGAGGUGCAAGGGACUGGGGCACGUACCAGGUUCCCGGAGCCAUUGAGAAGCUGGCCAACAGCGUGUGUGAGGAUUUCUGUGAAGUGAUAGUUGAUGAUGCUGGACAUUGGUUGGCGCAGGAGAAGCCGCAGGAAGUAGUUGAUGCUCUUGCGGCGUUUAUACACUGGCAGUAG